GAGGAGGAAGAUGAGGAUGAGAAGGAGCCAGAGGAGGAGGAGGAGGAGGAGGAAGAGGGGGGGGAAGAGGAGGAGGAAGAGGGGGGGGAAGAGGAGGAAGAGGAGGAGGGGAGAAUGUUGAAACCGGUAGAGGAUGGACGGCAGAAGAGACAAAGCGUUGUCACCGGCAGGUUCCAAGUGAUGCUGGACGAUGAGACGAGACGCUUGGUCGUCUUCGACCGUAAGAAAGAGAGCAUCCUCUCGGACGCUGAGGUGCUGGACGAGGGACUGUUCAGAGUGGGCAAAAAAGGGUAUAGUGUCGCCAUGCCGCCCGCAUACGUCGGCCGUUACGUCGUGCGCCGUCUGCCAGACACCGGCGAUGCCCGUCUCUUCGACACACGGACAGGUCGUCCGGUUGCCAUGGCGCAUAUUCUGCCUAACGGCCUGGCCAGAUUGCCGGAUGGACGGAUUGUGGCGCCAGUGCCGGUCGGGGGGGGCCGGUAUCGCGUGCAUCCGGUCGACGCUGAGGCUGGCGUCGAGGGGGGAGACGCUCUGGCCGUCUACGACACGCGGACGGGCGGACGAGUUGCCGACUCGGAGGUCAUCGCCGGUUUGGUGCAUCUGCCCUCGGGUCGAUUCGUCCAUCCGGUCGUGAUGGCGCAAAGUCUGGUCGUCCCGGAGAUGUAUGUCUCGCGGGGCCGGUUUGUCGCGAGGCUGGCAGAGGGCGGGCACCGGCAGAGACGUGUCUACGACACACACACAGGCCUGCCGAUCGAAUGGACGAUCGGCGCGAAUGGCGACGAGGCAGAAGAGUCGGUCGAGAUUGCCGACGUCUUCAUGAAUGAGGCUGGCCAGCCGACGGCAGUCGGCGCUGACGAAACGAGUGGACGUUAUGUGAUUCGGCGAAACGACGGCAACGGCGACGGCAACGGCAACGGCGGUCUGCAGGUCUUCGACACACGCACAGGCGCCCACCUCCCCGAGGCUCGGGUGGACGCCGACCGGCUGGUCCAUCUGCCCGGACAGAAGCAGCCGGUCGCCGUCCGACCGGCCUACAGCAGAGCACGGCUGGUGGCGAUUCGGACGGCGCCGGCCGAAAGACCAGUUGUCUUCGACACGCUGAUCGGCGAGACGUUGCCGAGCGACUCGGCCGAGUUGCUGGCGAACGGGCGCCUCGUGAGGCUGGCUCGGGGGGGCGUCCACGGCUCCGAGGCGCAGGCGGAGGUGGUGCUGGCGGUGGCCGAAGCUGGCGAUCGUGGCCGGUACCGGCGGAUCGGAUCAUCGAGUUCGGCCAGCGGGUCCGUCUACGACCUCAUGACGGGACACAGGCUCGACGGAGAGGUCAGCGCAAGUGGUCGUCUCUUUUACGUCGACGUCGACGUCGGCGGACAACGGCGAGUGGCCCUCUUCUCGGAGUCCGACCAGACACGUUACAUCGUCGAGGCGGAGCGGGUGUACGACACGUGGACGGGGCAGCCGGUGCUCAACGUCGACGUCGACGUUGACGGCCUGUUCCGGUUGCCCUCAGGCGAGCUGCGAUUGGCCCAGACGACAGAGUCGCCGGCGCGCCGCUACCGACUGGUGGGGGGGCGACUGUUCGACGGUUGGACGGGCCAGCAAGUCGCCUACCUCCGAAGGGAGGAGGGCGACGUCGUCCAACUGGCUGACAAUCGCAGCAUCCUCUUGACGCCGAGCAGCAGCUCGUCGGGCUUCGCGAUGCGGCGAGGCGGCGAGGGCCGGAUGAGGCUCUUCGACGUCGCCACCGGCGAACAAGUCCCGCAGGUCAACUUCACUGCGGACGCGGUGCACAUCAUCAUUAACGGCCAACCGAUCAGCAUACCUCUCGCCGACUUGACCAAAUCGUCGUCCAACGGCGACGGCGACGUCUACUCUACAGCUUUGCCUCUCGACGGAGAAGAUGACUCA